GUUUGUUGUGUGUAUAACCCCAGCGGGUGCAACGCGGCGGAACUCUAAGAAUAACUGGGGCAUUGCAUGAAAAAAGUAUAACAUUCUUGAAUGGAAUCAAAAUACAUGUACCUUCACACACCUGGCCAGACAUUGUCCACAGGACUGGGAUUAACCAAUGGGUAUGCGCAGAUCAUUUUGCCAAUGCCCCUCCCUAUGAAGGCAAGAUUAUGAAGGAACCUACCAAUAUAGGGGAGAAGAAUGGAAUUACUUGUAAUCCUUGCCAAUAUCUUAUUGACUCUGUUGGUCAAGCGUUCCACAUCCUGUCAGCAGGCUAUUGUUCUCCAGGACAACUCUCCUGUUUUCGUCACAUCCCCAGGGUUUCUAGAAGGGAAGCCCUACCCUACGAACACACUGUGUUCUUGGGACAUCUCUACAUAUGACAAGCUAAUAGAGGUCCGGUUUCUUUCGUUCGAUGUGGAGUACGAGACAAGCUGUAGGUGGGACUAUGUCAAGGUCUAUUCGGGGCCGUGCGGCGGGAACAGCCCCACCAAGUACUGCGGCACUACACUACCCCCGCCGCUCGUGUCAGACACACGCAAAGUCUGUCUGGAGUUCUACUCCGAUCCCAUCCAAACUCGGUCAGGAUUCAAAGCGAGACUUCACCUUGUUGGAAAACCAGAAGUCGACACUCAUCCUGAAAUACUAACAUCAACACCAACUCCAAUUUUUAUUACCUAUUUAACCUCAACAUUACCACCAACCACAACCUCAAUUCCAGUUUCAACGUCAUUAGUGACGUCAUCGACUUUCACAACAGAAAGCUUCAAAUCAACAACCGGUGGUCUUCUGGCCAAUGAAAAAUAUACAACCAUAGAUCUGGAAAUGUGUCUUACUCAGCAACAUCAGAUUAAUAUCAAAGACAACGAGAAAUUUACCAUAUUCUCUCCAGGGUACAAAAUAGGCAGUAGAUAUCCUGUGAAUCUUCAAUGUUCGAUGACCAUUGCAUCAGCUUCCGUUGCGACUAUAAGAGUUCAUCUGGAAGCCCUAGAGUUGGAGUACCACCCAGACUGUUUGUAUGACAGGUUGGUGAUUCGGGAUGGACCCCACCACUCCUCGCCCGCCAUAGCUAACCUGUGUGGGCAGCACCAGUCCAAUGUGUACCUAUCUACCUCUGACGUCAUCCUCUUGGAAUUUCACUCCGAUCAUAUUAUUCCCGCAUCCGGUUUUAAAAUGACAGUUGAAACUGUAUCUACCUCAACCAAGCCCCUGACCAGCUCAACUACCUCAUCAAGCGACUCGGACAGCAGCAGUGAACAGAGUCCAACUACCCCCCACGCAGCAACGUCGAUGUCUUCCACAGCGAAUCCCUCAACCCAGACAACGACGACAAUAAAAAAUGUAUCCCAAUACACACCAGACCAAAACAAAUCCUCGUCGUUAGCAACGGAAAAAUCGUCAAAGACACCUUCAACAACAUCAAUUAUUACAUCAACAUCAACUAUACCGACAUCAUCAACUAUGCCAACGUCAUCAACUAUGCAGGCAACAUCAAUUAUGCCAACAUCAACUAUGUCAGAAACAUUAAACAUGCCAACAUCCUCAAAUAUACCAUCAUCAUCAUCUUCACCAACUAUGCCAAAAACACAAUCUAUGUCAAUAUCAUCAACUUUAACAAAAGCAGCAGAUUCAUUAUCAGUAUCAAAUAUGCCUACGACAUCAGCUUUGCAAACGGCAGCACAUAUAACAACAACACAGACAAUGGCAACGACUUUGGUUAGUAUUUUAACUUCCUCAGCAAGAUUAUUUACAGCAACAACAAUAGAAGACAAAGCCAAGAAAUUCACAAUCAAAGCAACAAAAACAACAUUAGCAGUGCCCAAAUCUUCAACAUUGACAAAAUAUACGACGAAUUCCCCAUCUGUUACAACACAUGAUGUAAAUGCACUACCAACAGCAUAUUCAGUCCCUGAAGCUGUGUCCAUUACAGAGACGACAGUAGUUUCGUUUGAUAGAAGAGAAAAGAUUGGCGGGAGCCAUUUGACUUCAAUACCGGUGUCGUCAAGUACAAUGCCCUCAAAACCAUCUAGUGUCCCAACUAUCCAAACGCCAUUCUAUUCAACGCCAUUAUUGCAAACUACGACAUUACCUACAGCAUUACCAAAAACAUCAUUUUCAUCACAGUCAUCAUCGUCUUUAUCAUCAUCACCCUUUUCAACAAAAACAACAUUGCCGCCUCCACCCCCCUCAACAGUAUCACCAACAACAGCCACAUCAACAAAGAUAAACCUAAAGACAGAAACGGCCUCGGUUUCAACGAUUCCGACUACCUUGCCCCCUGUCACGACCCCGCCCUCUCCUAGCCCCCUACCCACGGAGUGUCUGGGGAUGGACCGAGUCUUUUCUGUCUUGGGGAGGCAUCGCAUUCAGUCCCCGGGAAUGGAGACCGGAAGUCCGUACCCCAACGACGUCCGGUGCUCGUGGGUGUUAAUUUCUCAGGACCGGCAGGAAAUGGAGCUUUCGUUUGAGAUUUUCGACCUUGAAUACCACGACCAGUGCAAGUACGACAGCUUAAAGAUCUAUAAUGGAUCCUCCGCUAAAAGCCCCGUGAUCAACCAGUAUUGUGGCACCAACAUACCGCCGAACCGAACUUUCUCAGGACCUGCGAUCUACAUAGUGUUUACAUCCGACCGAUUUGUGCAGAGAAGUGGUUUCAAAUUGACAGUGGAUAUAAUAGAAACCCAAUACGAGGAGAGCACCUGCCCCCUACAUCAGAGCCGGUGUGUGGGGGGUCCCUGUGUCCCCAGUGAGUGGUUCUGUGACGGUGAGGUUGACUGUCCAGACAAUUGGGACGAGCUCCACUGUGGACAGUGUAGGCCCGAUGAGUUCCGAUGUAAUAAUGGACAGUGCAUAUCGACCUUCCUCCAGUGUGACGGCAGCCCCGACUGUUCGGGCCACGAGGAUGAGGCCAACUGCUUUUCACUGACGCAGGACUCAGAGAUUCUCAUUCACUACAGCAACAAACAUCUUCCUGUUUGCCGAGAUGCCUGGAACCCCACACUCGCAGAUCUUAUCUGUGCCGACCAGUUUUUCAGCGUUGUCGAUAGCGUGUGGUUUGAAACCAGCAACAAUUUGGUACAUGUUGGUCUGAAGGACACCAUCUCCAUGGACACAGUUCUGUCACGUGAUUUGUUGUCCAUAGUAACGUGGUGUCCUAGUAAUCAAAAAGUUCAUCUCAAAUGUCAAAAAGCAGCUUGUGGUGAAGUAAGCAGUGACCUCAUGCAGCCGUACAUUCUCGGGGGCAGCGUCUCACACAGGGGCCAGUGGCCCUGGACGGUGGCGCUAAUGGUGGGGAACUCCUUCCUGUGUGGGGGCACUCUGGUGGCGGACCGGUGGGUGGUGACGGCCGGGCACUGUGUAGAGUCUGUCUCAAAAACACCCUAUCUAAUCAGGGCUCAGUUCGGCACGACUUCCCUGACUCAAGCUGACGUCACUUCCCGCCGAGUGAUAGAGGUCAUCCGUCACCCAGACCACGACUUUAUCUACAACGCCGACAUCGCGCUCCUGCACCUACAAAACCAAGUCCGGACCAACGACUUUAUCCGGAAAGCAUGCAUCCCACAGCAGUUGCAACUACUCACUUCCGGUCUUAUAUGUUACAUUUCCGGUUGGGGUGUGACCCGCAUUGAAGACUACUACACUACCGUUCUGCCGGACAUGCUUCACCAUGCUAAGAUCAAACUGUGGAGCCAGUCCAAAUGUAAGAAGGCGUAUGCGGCCAAAGUGAAAGACUCCAUGUUCUGUGCUGGCUACGAUUAUGGUGGAAUUGACUCCUGUAAAGGAGACAGCGGGGGUCCCCUGGUCUGUCGGGUUCGGAACCACUGGAUGUUGAUGGGGGUGACUACGUGGGGGGAGUCACCGUGCGGACAGCUCCACAAGCCGGGGGUGUAUACCCGAGUGGACGCUUUCACAGGGUGGAUCACAAACAUCACCCAAUCAUCAGGUCCGGCGAUAGCCUGUGAUUACGAAACUUCCGGUUCAUGUGGACACAUCGACCUGUCAGCAGACAUGUUUAUGUGGACACGGCAGUCAGGGGGAGUAACCGCCACAGGGCGACCUGCCGUGGACCACACCUAUCAGAACAUAUCAGGGCACUACCUUUACGCAGAAAUACCUUUCAAUUCUAACGACGACCUGUCCCCUGCCGUACUUCAACUUCCGGUCUUCUCAAUCACCCAACCGUCAUGUAUGUCACUGAGCUAUGUGUUUGAGAGGCCCGACUCAAUCAGACUUAAGGUUUCCGCUCGCCUUCAAAAAGGUGAUGACGUCACUGACUUGUGGUCAGCCUCAAAGGGUCUGUCGACCUGGAGCACUGUCAAUAUAUCUAUCGAUAGUGGUGUGGCCCAGCUCAAUAUCACGGCGGUUCCUCUGAAGCCCACCUACACUACUGGAGUCGCCAUUGAUGACGUCAAAUUAGUUGCGGGAAAAUGCAAAGAUGAUGGGCACAUAGAAUGUGACUUUAACGAGAAAAAUGGAUGUGAACUGUCUCAAGAUGACUCACUCUUUGUUUGGGAGAUGAAAGAAGAAAACGGUGAGAGAUAUAUGCAUUUCGAUGGAAAUAACAAACCGCCUAGAACCAAAGGAGUACUGUAUCAGCCAUUGGGAAACAUGGACUCGUCCUACUGUGUGAAAGUUAGAUAUAAAAUGUGUCACGAUACUGUUUUAUCCAUACAUACGUCAUUUGUCUACGGAAAUUACGUCAUCACCGGGAAUGCUCUCUGGAGCAGACGAUACAGACUGGGCGACUGCUCCGCGUGGCAGCAGCUGUCCGUCCCGAUGUCCUACAAACACUACCCCCACCGGGUCACAAUUCAGGGCGUAGUCAACUCCCAAAGUGCCAGCAUCUCUAUCGACGAUUUCACGAUCAUUCUUGGAGACUGUUUAUGAAAAAAAUUAUAAAUCUAUAAUUAGUGUUAAUUUUUCUAGAAAGAAGUGUAAAACGAUAUACUACCUCGUCGUCUUAUCAAUAGAAAUGUUGUAUCUAGAGUAAUACUUAUGUAUUUAUGAGUAAGUAUGUCGCUAUACAUGUAUGUUUAUGGUGUCUUUGUUUGUUGUGUAUAUGUGUAUAUACCGGUAAUCUAAGAGUGCAGUAUAACUUGGACAAUCAAAAUGGGAUUCCAGUAUGCAAGCGGUACAGUCGUGCGUGUUAUAUUAUAGAGUGUUUUUGUUUUAUAUACAUGUAUGUAAUUAAGAAAAAAGAGAAUCAAAAUUAUGAUUAAAUUAAAAUAUUGGA